AGGCGCUGAGCUGGAGCGCUACCUUUGCCUCUUUUACUGGGCGGAUUCGCAGAUCCAGAAUGACUGGGCAGCCAGGAAGGCAGCAGUGAAAAGAUUUUCCCCUGGUCAAGUGGAAAACUCACAUUACGGAGCCCAAGAAUGAAUAUUCAUCGGGCCAGUGAAGGCGACAGGUCAAUACGCCAGGAAUCCAGCUACUUAGUGGAAAAUAUUCCAGGUUCAUCCCAAGAAAAAGAAGAAAAUUGCCUGACAUCAUCCUGCUUGCAAAAUCCUAACCUUCCCAUGUGUUCCAGGAAUGAUGAUUCAUUGCUCGAUUACGCUUCUCAGCCGGCCAAUCACCAUUUCUCGAACAUCCCAAGUCUUCCUGAAGACAUCAAAGGCCCUUGCUUCCAAAGUGGAAAUAAAAGGAGCCAUGAGCCCUAUACUGGUCCAGAACGAUUUGCAACCAGCAAUUUGGGCUUCAGCUGUAAUUCCUACCCCCAUGCUCCAGAGAAGGUGACACUCCUUGUAGAUGGCACUCGUUUUGUGGUCAACCCACAGAUAUUCACUGCUCAUCCGGACACCAUGUUGGGAAGGAUGUUUGGCCCAGGAAGAGAAUAUAACUUUACCCGGCCCAAUGAAAAAGGAGAGUUUGAGAUUGCUGAAGGGAUCAGCGCCACCGUGUUUCGAACAGUGCUGGAUUAUUACAAAACUGGAAUCAUUAACUGUCCUGAUGGAAUUUCUAUUCCUGACCUUAGAGACACCUGCGAUUAUCUCUGCAUUAACUUUGACUUCAACACCAUCAAAUGUCAAGAUCUGAGCGCUUUGCUGCACGAGCUCUCCAAUGACGGCGCUCACAAGCAGUUCGAUCACUACCUGGAGGAGCUGAUCUUGCCCAUCAUGGUGGGCAGUGCCAAGAAAGGGGAACGUGAGUGCCACAUCGUUGUCCUGACCGACGAGGACUCCGUAGACUGGGACGAGGACCAUCCUCCGCCCAUGGGGGAGGAGUACUCUCAAAUUCUUUAUAGCUCCAAGCUCUACAGAUUCUUCAAAUACAUUGAGAAUCGAGAUGUUGCAAAAACUGUAUUAAAAGAACGGGGACUGAAAAAUAUCCGAAUUGGAAUUGAGGGCUAUCCCACUUGUAAGGAAAAAAUUAAGAGGAGACCAGGUGGUCGGUCAGAAGUCAUCUACAACUAUGUGCAACGCCCAUUUAUCCAGAUGUCUUGGGAAAAGGAAGAAGGAAAGAGCCGCCAUGUUGAUUUUCAGUGCGUCCGAAGCAAAUCCCUCACCAACCUGGUGGCAGCUGAGGAGGAUGUGUCUGAAGACCAGGAGAACCUGAUGCACCACCCUCCGCAAGUGGAUGAACUUGAUCGGCUCAAUGCUCCACUCUCCCAGAUGGCCCCUAAUGACUUCCCAGAUUAGGGUCAACCAAUCAACCAACCCCAUCUCUAAGGUCCUUCUCUUCUCGGGAUGCACUCAAGGUCUGUCUCACCCUGAACAUGAGACAUCCUUUCUCCCUAACCCUUCCCCAUGUCACCCAUAAUAUUAAGGUGUAUUCUUUGAAGCAAGCUGAUGCCCCUCAGAGGAAAUGAAUCAUGAGUACUGGCCAUUAAAUCACCAGACAGACAUUCUGUCAUGACCCUGGGCAUAUGGGAAGCUCCUCAGGAUUGGUGCUGUCCUGGAAUAACUUGAGAAAGCUGAAAGGGAAGUUAAAAAAAAAAUCCCAUUGCCUCCUAUAACAAAACACUUCCUGCCCUUCUUCCCAUUCUUUCUACCCCCUUUUCGUUGCCAGGUAUACAUCCUGCUGUUUUUUGGCAGCUUCCUCAGUUGCAAGGGGACCAGACCACCAUCCCAUUCUGCUACAUAGGUAUCCAUGGAAGACUAUUAGAAGACGGAUAAAGAAUGUUCCCAGAAUUCAGCUCCUCUAGGAGGAAUGAGGCCUUGUUUACAAGAGUCGAGCUUUUCAGAAGAGAAUCCUUCAAGAGCUUAAAUUGAAUUUUUCUUAAUUAAACAAACAACAGACAGCACUCAUUUAUCUUUUGGUGGAGGGGGUAAAUGACAUAACAAUAGGAUUUAUGCUCUUAACUUUGAAAUAUGGGGAAGGGGGCUGCACCUGAAGUGAUUGUACAUUGUGGAAUGAAACCAUGCUGACAGUUCACUCCUUCCCCAGCCAGGCUAGAAAUUCAGGAAUCUCAAGUAAAGCCAUUGUCUUUGCCUCUGAUCCAGGGCUGUGCUGUAGAUGUGGCUCGAAUGAAUAGGGCCCUGGCUAGAGACUUUCAAAACAUGGGCAGGACUUUCUUCUGAGGCCUCAGUUAUUCAA